AUGGCUACUUCAUCAUCCCCCAACGCACAAGCCAAAAAGCACAUUCCUGGCCAUGACCGUUGGCCUACCAAGUGCAUCUCCAUGGAAACAAGCCACUUCCUACGUAUGCUAAAUCGUCUGGGCCUCAGCAGUAUUUGCCUUGAAGUCGACUGGGUGCAUUUCCCAUGUAUCUCUUCCAGCCGGCAACGCACAUCACACUUCGACGCCAAAGCGUGGACCCAAAAUUGGAAGCACAGAUUCCGCAAAGUUGCGAUUCAUUUCGUCGUCCGGAAUCCGCGUGCAACGCAAUACGAUUCUCAGUGGUUGAUGGCUGAGGCGGAGACGCUGGCAGCACUGCUGGUGGGGCCAGAUGCAACUGCAGCAUACACCGAGCCUCGUCGGUGCUGUGGGGGGGGGACUUCCCACUUUGAAGGCGUCAUACAUGGUCUAGUCGUCGAGCGGAAAGUAUGA